GCGCUCCCGUGUUCCCCCGGAUGCGUGUUUACUCAGUCUCCUCUCUCCACCCUUGAAAUGAGAGAGGUACGGAGUGGAAGGGACAUCGUUUUACAAGAAAACCUCCACGAACGGACAUCCGGAGAUCGAGACCGGGCGACAGGCGAGGGCGAAGCGAGAAGAGUCGAGGUGUAGCGCGUGGAUAAAUUGAUUCGAGACCAAGGUCAAUUAUCUUUCUAUAUAAAAAAAAAAACUUCAGACACGGAGAAAUCACGAACCUCUGAGGAUGGAGCAGGCAUACGGGGCUGGCAAGGCUGGCGGCACCUUCGAUCCAAUCACGUUCUUUCAGCAGCCGCAGAUUAUUCUUCGAAUAGUGUCAUGGAUCUUUUCCAUUGUGAUCUUUGGUUGCAUUGCUAACGAGGGCUACGUGAAUCGUCCGGAUGAGGUGGAGGAAUAUUGCAUCUUUAACCGCAACCAGAAUGCCUGUAACUAUGCUGUGGGUAUGGGAUCCCUGGCCUUCCUCUGCUGUGCUGCUUUUAUGGCACUGGACGUCUAUUUUCCUCAGAUAAGCAGCGUUAAAGACCGCAAGAAGGCUGUGUUAGCGGAUAUUGGCGUUUCAGCCUUCUGGUCUUUCGUGUGGUUUGUGGGAUUCUGUUUCCUUGCCAAUCAGUGGCAGGUGGCUAAACCAGAAGAUAACCCCCUCAAAGAGGGUGGAGACGCAGCCAGAGCAGCCAUCACCUUCGCCUUCUUCUCCAUAUUCACAUGGGCCGGUCAAGCUUUUUUCGGUUUCCAGAGGUACAAGUUAGGUGCGAGCUCGUCCCUCUUCUCUCAGGACUACACUGAUCCCAGCCAGGAUCCCGCCGGAGUGCCUGCUGCAGGCACAGAGUACACUGGAUACAACGCUGACAUGGAGGCUAAUUAUGACGGCUCUGGGGGAUACCAGAACCAAGACUACUAAGGUCGAGUGUAAGGAUGCACACAACAGCCUUAACAAGCUAGGCUGACUGGGUUACAUGGGGGAAACUUAAUAUAUAGGGUGAAAAGGACAAACAGGAACUUAUUUUGGGGGGUAGAAUAUGGGGACCAAAGCAGGCUGACAGGAAUUCAGGGGUUUGUUUGGUGCUAAAAGAACCCCUUGUUGAAUCAACUUUUGGUGACAAUACACGAUUAAUGAGAAUUUUAUUAAGUCUAUAAUAAAAUAUGAUAUUUUGCAGUUUAGAGACUGUGGCACAGGAUUGCUAGAAUUGUUUUGUUUUUGUGCCACCAGGAAUUUAUGCCUUUGGUUUUGGGCUUGAUCAGAUCAAUUGGUCUACAGAUGUGUGUCCAGCCUGGUUUAGUACACUUUAUCCAGAUUUGUGAACAGAAAUCGAAACUAAACUAAUGGAACUUUGUGUCUAAAACAGUCAUAGAAGCUAUAGCGUAAUAUUUGUCAGACGUGUGAGAAAACCUGACCAAACUAAAUAUUUCUAAAGACCACAGUGUCUUUUUGUUGGUAAAGAGUAGGUGCUUCAAUGGUAUAUAGUAACCCUUAACCUGUCACUAUACAGAUACUGCAUUGAUAGCUCUCUGCUGCCAUUUUGUCAAUGUCCAAGGAUCUCAAAAGAUCACUUUUAAGAGUAUCAUGUUUGGGAUUAAAUCAGUCUCUGCAUUGUACCAAGAGAUACCAAGAGAACUGAAUGGUAUAGCCUAUAAUGUAAUACAGAGAGUAAAAAUUAUGGAGAAAAAAACUGGUACAUUUUCGAGAGCUGCUGAACUGCAAGUUGUUUGUUUGUUUGUUUGUUUUAGUUGUGCAGCUAUGAUUGCAUUAUUUAAGAUUUUCUUUACAGACAGGUGACAUUUCAUAAGCGCAGAGGACUCAAACAUUUGAGUAUUUGGAUUCUUAAGCAUCAUUUCAAUUGGCCAAAAAAAUCAAUGAUAUUUUAAAGAAAGGCAUCACAAGUACUCUUUUCAAGCGAAGCGUUUCACAUUUAAGGCAUUUUAACUACCAGAUUUAAGGCGUCGAAUGAAUGUGCAUAACAAAUAGUACAGCAAGUAAAAAUGAAAACUCGUGGUAUAUAUAGGCCUACGCAAAAAAAUGGGCUUUGUCGUGUAUGUGCUACGCGAUGGGGAAAAAAUAGGGUUGUGGCGUGUCAUAUGUACGCCAAAAAACCGCGUCAUACGCGCGCGAAAACUGCGCCAAGCACGUGCAAGUGUCAUGUAAGCCAAAGUCAAUUUUUGCGUAUCAACAGUGUUCGUUUUUAUUUGGAGCGCUAUUUCAUACGCAUUUUCAUGAAUCCGCGUCAACUGUUCUUCAAACGACUGAAUUUCCCCCGCGAAAAUUCUCCCGCUGAAAUUGAACGCACCUCAAAUUCAAUCAGCACGUGUGAAUUUAGGCAACACAGACUACAAUCAACUCGGAGUCCGUUCAUGCAUUCAAAUGUGAUUUAGGGCCGCCGUGCAUGUCGUUUUCAUCAUGGUAAACGUUUACAUUUUUAUCUAGACUAGACAUAAUGACCUUUGACGUUGUCAUUAAUAUCUUUUAAUCACGAAUGUAAACAAAGUGGCGCAAAUGCACUAGGAGAGGGGAAACGGCAGGGCUGACGUUCACAUUAAUGCUUUAAAAUGUGAACAAAAACGAGGCAGAGACACUCAGCACGAACAAUUAGCGCCUUGUCUAAAUAUGACAAAUUAGUGCUAAUGACUACAGAAGAAAAACCCAGCCAAUACCUCACAAUUAUGCUAGAAAGAACAGACUAAUAGACUUAAUUUCAAUGCUAAUGUGUCAAAUAUUUAGAGCAAAUGGUAAUGUCAUUAUAAUGGUCUGUCACUUGUGGAAAUAUUAUUCAUAAUUAUGUAUGAUAAUGAAUUCCUUUGUAGCACCCCUAGUUUUGUUCUCUGGCAAUCUUUUUUUAUCAUUUCCAUUUUUUUUUUACUUUUGAUCAUAGUUACUGUAAAAUCUCUUGCACUAGAGCAGCAGCGUUGUGCAUUACAGAUAAAUUAUUUUUAUUUUAAAUGAAGUUUAAAAUAAAAAUAAACAAAUGUUCAUAAUUAUGUACCUAAAUAUAUAAAACCAGCAUAUUUUUAUUUAAUGACAAAGAUGUAAUAUAAUCAAGUACACAAAAUAUCUUUAUAAAUUUAUUACCAAAAUAACAGUCAAAAAUAAUAUUGUGUAUUUUGCAUUUUAAGGUGUGGUAGAAUAACAUUUAUCCUUUCUCUGUUUAGGACGUGACAUUGUUUUCUGAAUCAGGAAGCUUUUUCUCUUAUUUUAUUUCUUGUUGUAACUCCAAAAAAAAAAAAAAAAAAAAAAACACAAAAAGCUACAAUACAAUCAAUAUGUUAUAUAGGUGAUGUAUCAGAUGUGUUCUUAUAUAAUAUAUAUGUGCAGUUAUGGAGCUGGGGAAAAAAUUGUGUAAAUUCUUUUGAUGUGGUGAUUGUCCAUUAACUGAAUCACUAGGUUAAAAAGGCUCAGUGUAUUUUGUCCUGUCUUGUAUGUUGCUUGUCUGGUAAGACGUCUCAUAUAGCUGAAAAUAAAAGAAAUUGACUGAUGGA